GCGCCAGUCAGUGGGUUAUCACGGGCCCACGCUGUUAUCCCUUUUGAAAAGUGAGCAAUAUGAAAACCCAGACAUUCAAAGCGUUUCGGCCGAGUUCUUGAAAACAGCGCUGCAUCACAGGCACAAGGAGGCUAAGCUUGAAUAAGCAGUGACAACAAUGAAAUGGCUAUACCUGAUGUGUGUGUGGGUGUCAUUUAAUUGAUGGUAAAAAAGUUUCUUGACCAACAAUUAAAUGAGAACAGAAUCAAGGGAGUGAGACCGAGUCAGCCUGAUCAGAGAAAGGAUAGAAGAAUUGAUAAUAUUGGCAUACAGCAGUUCAUCGCAAGAAAAGCAGACCUUCUGUUUGCUCCAUCAUGGAAAUCAACUGUUAGUACUGAACUGAAUGACGAAGAGACAGAAGAUUAUUAUGCAAUUAUGCCUCCUUUGGAACAGUUGAUGGAGGUUCCUGGUGAUGACAAAAGACAGUACUUCUUCCGUGACAUUGAACGUGGGGACAUUGUGAUUGGACGUGUUGCAUCUAUUCGUGAAUUUGGGUUCUUUCUAACAUUGAUCAGUCUUGGAGGGGAUCUUGGGCGGGACAUUGAAUCCUUGGAAAUAACUGCACUUUGUCCUGUAAGAGAUGUACCUUCACAUGGAAAACAUGAAGAUCCUUUGUCUUACUUUCAAGUAGGAGAUCUUGUAAGAGUUGCUGUAAAAGAUGUUGAUCGUUACCAUGAAAGACUUGCAGUUACUUUGCGGCCUUCGUUACUUUCAGCUCGCCUUUCUCAUUGGAAAUUGGGUGUCAUCGGUAGCGAAGAUCUCCCUACGUACUACAGGCGAAAUUCAACGCUGGAUAGUCAUAUUACAGAAACAUAUGACAAAAUUUUACACCACACACUUGGAUUUGCUAAUCCAUCAGCAGUUGAAUAUUUAUUGGGCAAACUUGGAAUCAGUGAAAUUGAUUCACCGUCUCUUAUGAGAGGAUUACAGAGCAAAAAUUUUUUAGGAGAUGAUUAUGCUGCUGCCUUAAGGAAGAAACAGUCAGCAUCUUGGGCAUUAAAGUGUGUCAAGGCUGGGGUGGACCAUUUUAAAGCUGGACACCAUGUUGAUGCUAUGAAUGAGUAUAACAAAGCUUUAGAAAUUGACAGCAAUAAUGUUGAAGCUCUUGUGGCUCGUGGUGCUCUCUAUGCAACAACAGGAAGUCUAAGCAAAGCUAUUUCUGACUUUGACUUAGCCUUAGAAACCUGUCCAACACAUAGGAACGCAAAGAAAUAUCUCUGUCAGACUCUGGUUGAAAGAGGAGGCCAGUUAGAAGAAGAAGAAAAAUUGGUGAAUGCUGAAAGUUGCUAUAAAAAAGCACUGAAUCUCGAUGAAACUUUCAGUGAAGCUGAAGAAGCUUUACAGAAGUUAAGAAAACACAUGCAGAAAUCACUUGAAAAAAAACCAAAAGAAACUAAAGAAGAGGCAAAAAAAAUCGAAGUGUCAAGUGCAGAGAAAUUGCGUAAACUGUUAAAAGAAGAAAAAAGAAUGAAGAAAAAAAGAAAGAAGUCAACGUCAUCAUCUUCAUCUGACUCACUUGAGUCUUCAUGGUCUAGUUCAUCUUCCUCACCUGAACGUUCUAGAAAACACAAAUCAACAAAGAAACGGCAGAGAAAACGCUCAGGUUCUUCACGUAGUCAGAAGAGGCAUUUAAGUAAAAGUUCAUGUGAUGAGAAAAUUCAUCAUAUGCAUACCGGUAGAAAAGAAUGGUACACUCCUCCAGCUGAUACUUCCGCUUCCUUUCUGAAUCAGAAACAGGAAGUAGCAAAGUUGCUGGAGAAAAAUGAAAGUUCAGUUGACCAAUGGUCAGAAAUCAUGGAGAAAAGAAGGUACAGUUCAGUUUCUUCAUCUUCAGUUGAAAUUUUAGAUCCUCUUGAAGGUAGGUCUGAAGAUAACAGAAACUCUUUAUAUAGCUCAAGAACUCAUGAUAGUUACUCUCAACAUGACAAAAGGCACAAAACAGAUAAAGGUAGGGAAUUGUGUGACAAAAAAUCAAAUGAUCUUGAUAAGAUUAGGAAGUGGAGCCAAGAAUAUGAAUUUGGGAAUGAAAGCAUCAGUAAAAUGUGCAAAAAAAGCAGUAGGAACUAUGAGUCUUCAUGCACAGAAUAUUCACACUCAUCAGGUGAUAAGUACCACCAUGAGAGAAAAGCUUCUGGGUUAAUUAAUUCCAAUAUUAAAGAUGGAAGAUGUGAUUUUGGAAAAAGUGGAGAUGGUGGAAAGGACUAUGUACAUGAAAGUAGCGCCAAGGACUGGAAAGAUGAAAGUUUAAAUAGACAUUACAGGAAUGAUGAAAGGGAGAAUUCCAAAGACAACCCUCAUAAUCAUAACUGUGCAACAGGGAAAGCUGUGAAAAGUAUGCCUCAAAACCUGCUGGAAAUCUUCAAUCAGAUUGCAGAGUUUGAGAAAGGGAGAGAAUAUGGAGGGGAAUGUAAGCAGAAAAACAAUUAGGUGGGCACUGUGACAUGUUUCUUGAAGAAUUAAUUUCCAAAAGUACAUAUUUUGUUGAAAAGAAGUUUUUAAUACAUUGAAGAAACAAAUGCCAAGAUUGAGAUUGUGAAUUCACUUCGUUAGUAUACCCUUCCAUUAAAGUAAGCAUUACCUGAAAAUCGGUGAGUUAAUUCAUUUGCUGGGAGUUUGCUUAGAUCUUUGUUAAUUCUGUAGUUACUUAAUUAUUUAUUUUACAUUUACUAAUGCGCUCAUUAGUAAGAAAAGGUUAGUAUUUGUCCAUAAUUUUCUUUAAAUUGGUUUUAAAUUUGGUUUGCUAGAGUUAGAUUGAAUUUUAGGAUGUUAUGUAGUGCAGAAACAAAAAGCUGAAUGCACUAAAAGGAUCAAGCAGCAUAGAGGAUAGAUAAACAGAGAAACGUUUCAGAUGAAGGGCUCUUAAUCAAAACUGGAAAAUUGGGAAAACAAGAGUAUUUUAAAUUGUGAAGAUGGGGAAGGGGUUCGGCACAUCUCUGUGGUAAGAGUCAGACCAAACUUGUCAAGGUAUCAAUUGCUUUAAAAUUUGGCAGAGACAGAAAAAGCAAAAAUAAACAAAUUCUAACAGAAAGAUCUGUGGAACAGAAAAGAACUGGUAGUUACCUGAGAUUGUUAUGUUGUCUGUUAGUGACAGGUUUCUGUUUUAUAGGAAGAAACACAGAGACAAGCAGUAUAUUGCAAUAUUAAGCAACAUCUUCUUCAACCUCUAUUGAGUGUACAUCCCUGCACUCCAAAGAGUUUAAGGAAAAAUAUAUUAAAUAUGGAAACUUUAGGGUAGGAAGGUAAGUAGCACAGAAAUGUAUCAAUUAUUAAUAUUAAGGCAAGGGGUUGGGGCAGACUCAGAGAGAAAUAACCAAUGCAAAAAAAUAUAUCAUUAUACAAAAAUGUGCUCAAAUUGGAAAAGUGUACAAUGAAUUUUCCAGACUCAUUACUUGAAUUCAGUAUACUAUCUACAAGAAAGAAAGGUAUACUUGGCCUUGCUGAGUAAAGUGGGAGGAAUGAAGAAGGGUGGGAAAGAAAAUUAAAAGGCAAUUUUCUUUCAAAACAGGUCAGUGUCUUAAAAACAUUGCUAUUUUUCAUUAAUGUGCCUCUAACUUUGGUUCUGAUAAUUACACCUGUAACAGACCAUGGUUUUAUACUAUAUUGCUGCAUUCUGUUAAGUAAAUAGUUUGAAAUUCCUUUCAAAAGAGUACAAUAUGUGUAUUUCAAAAUAUGUCAAUCCUAAUUUGGUUGUUAUUGAUUACAGGUGCAUUAUCAUUGGCCUACAGUGUCAGACUUGGCUAUGAAUGAAGUAAAUUAUUGUAUUAAAACAUUCCUGCAUAGUGCAGACUAUAUUGUGCCAUGGUAAAGGUUUACUUUCAAACAUGGACUGUUAAAUUUUAAAAAACGCACUGUGUGCUGAUGUUGACAGUCAUAUAAAAAUAUAAUCAAAUUGU